AUGAGUGCAAAAUCAGCUAUUCAAACACGGAAACAGUACAAGGAGACAAGAGAGCUGAAUCCGACGAGAACCUACGAAUCGGGACAGAACAGACAGAUCGGAACAGGUGGGAAAGGAGAAAAAGGAAAAGAUAACACCAAGAGAAGAUCACAACAAGAAGAAUGGACCAGUGACAUAGUGUUUCUCGAACCGAUUGACACAGAACAACCAACCAAGCGACACCCGGUGUGCAUAGGAAAAGCACUCACCAGCUUCGGAAUCAAAAACUAUGAGAACAUCACGGCCGUCGGUAAGUUUCGAUUCAAAGUCAAGUUCAAGACAGCCCAGGACGCAAACAAACUGACGCAAACGGAAAUGAAAGACCAAAACCUCAGAUGCUACAUUCCCGUGAUCCUGAAACAAACGGUAGGAUUACUGAAAGGCAUCCCAAAAUCGUACUCGGAUAAGGAGAUAUUGGAAAACAUGACAGCGAAAGUGGACAUAAUGAAGGUCGAAAGAAUGAAAAACAUGGACAAAAAUAAGAAGCUGAGGGACACGGAAAACGUAAAAAUCACCUUCAAAGGGAAGGAACUUCCAGAAAGCGUAGAAAUGUACGGCUGCUACUUCAAAGUAGAACUGUACCUAUUCCCGAUCAAACAGUGCGCGAACUGUUGGGCAUUCGGACACCGAAAAGAGAUGUGAUGGAGAACCUCGGAAUGCCGGGAAUGUGGGGAACACCACACAGAAGCAAGCUGUAAACAAAAAGCUUGCAUAAACUGCGGUGGGCCACAUGACCCCACCGACAGACAGUGUCCCGAAAAGGAAAAGCAGGUGAGAAUAAAUUGGACAAUGCAACAAGAGAAAUUGACGUACAGAGAGGCGCGCUCUAAACUAAAGGAGCAAAAUCAAUUCGAGUUACUGUCGAACGCGGAGGAAUUCCCGGAAAUCGUCAGCGACCCGAAGAAUAAAAAUGGACCCAGCUCGCAAUACAGGACAAUUCAACGAACAACGAAAAGGACACUAAGCCAAAACAUACCGACAGCAGCAAGGACGGCGACUUCGUAUGCUGACAAAGUGAAGGAAACACCAACUUACCAGUUCACGGACAACCCCUACAAAGUAACGCUUCUGGAGAAAACUAUGAGCGAGAUUAAACAGUUCUGGAGAAACCUUAAUUUAGUGAGAAAGCUGAUGAAGCUCCAGUCAGCCAUCCACAUGGAAGCAGCGGGUCAAGCGGCUUCUGAGCUCAACUACGAAGAACUAGUAAUCCGAAUAAGCACCACACUGAAUCAAAUUAUAGACGAAUUCACGGAAGAAUUGGAUGGGUACGCAGAGCAAACAGUAAAAGGAACAGAAGAGUCGUCCGAAAACAUUGAUGGAUAA